GUCUUGCUUCAGCUCAACCUCUCCCGUUCCCUCCCCCUUCGACGCCGUCCAGUUCCCUUUUCUUGGUGGACUCGCCCUUUCGCCGCUUCCGUCUCUCUUCCAUCUUCACAUCCCAUCCAACCUUCAUCAUGAGGACGUCGACCUUGGUUGCCGCUACUGCCGGCACAAUCGUCACCGGCCUUUUGGCCUACGCCGUCUACUUUGACCACAAGAGACAGACCGACCCGGAGUUCCGCAAAGCUCUCAAGAGGAACAACCGCCGCAUGGCAAGGGCUGUCAAGGAGGAGGCUGAGGCCCAGGGUGCCAUGCAGCGCGAGGUCAUCAAGAAGGUCGUGCAGCAGGCCAAGGACGAGGGUUUCCCUACGGACCUGGAGGAGAAGGAGGCCUACUUCAUGAGCCAGGUCGCUCAGGGAGAGUCUCUUGUUGCUGAAGAACCCAUUGAGGCUGCCUUGUGCUUCUACAAGGCCCUGAAGGUCUACCCCCAGCCCAAGGACCUGAUCUCCAUCUACGACAAGACCGUGCCCAAGGAAGUGCUGGAGAUCCUGGCCGAGAUGGUCGCUCUGGACUCCGGCUUGAAGCUGGGCUCGUUCACUGGCGAGAGCGCCGCUCCGGAGAGCCACGGAGUCGAGUAAAUUCGAUUCCAUCAUGACUUCUGACCCCCGGCCUCCCCAUCUCUCUCCCUCUUGCUUCGUUCACCCACCCGCCCUUUUCCCGCAAAUGAACCCUGGCCUUGAACGUGUGUGACUUCUAUAAUAUCCGGUUCACGCUGGGCCGUGGCCUGGUCUUCUGGCAGCGACGGAAUCAUCGGAAAUCGCUGUCCGUCUGCCAGUCACACUUCUCCCCUCUCCAUUACCCAUGUACUUCCGCACCAUUUCCUUUCCAGAAUUCCCUGUAUAUGUGCAUUGUGUCUUGGCCGCCGACCUGGCGGACAUUUUUGGAAUUUUUUCGGCGCCAUCACUGUGUUGUUUCUUCUCCUCAUCUUUUCUUAUUCUCUACCGGGCCUGAACGGACGGCAAAUGAUCCGAGUCACUGGGGCCGGUAAUAUCUUCUUCCCGAGGUUUUCUCACGAUGGGAUGGAAACCCGGGUUAUGUAUUCCUAGACGCACGAACAUGUAGUAGUUGAGAGUGCACGAGUCACUUGAGCCAAAAAACGACGAUUUGUUUGAUGUGAAAGAA